CUUUAUGAGAAACAUCUCCUAGUAAUUAAAUUUUAAAAUGAAUUAUAUAGGCCUAUUAACCUCAUUUGGAUGACUAUCUUGGAGCUGACAGGAUCUUGAGGAGGCCUAGAUGCAUAUAUGCAAAACGAAUCUGUAAAAUGAAUUUUCCGAGUGUGAGAUGUGUUGUGUGUCAUGUACAUAUUAAUAUUGUCACGGUGGUAACACAAAUUAAAGGGAGGGGACCCACAAGGCAAUCAGCUCUACAUCAGAUGAACAGACUGCGGACGUGUGCAAAUGUAGCCUGCUUGAGCAAUCCCUCACUGAUUUCACCCAGAGUGACUGGAACAGGCGUCUGCAAGCUCCUCUUUAAAGAAGUAAAGGUUUCUCUUGACAUCAUAAUGAGCAGUCGAGUGGAUGAUGUUAUGCAGCUUUGCUGUGAGGUCUCGGCCAGCAGGAAGAUGAAAGCGGCCGUGAAGAGCUCUGGAAAGGGAGCUGCAGCGGCUGGUGGAGGUGCUUUUGUAGGGGGAAUGGUCGGAGGCCCAGCCGGAAUAGCUGUUGGUGGUACUUUGGGAGGUCUCUUAGGAACAUGGAUGACCAGUGGCCAAUUCAAACCUCUUCCUGAGAUCAUCAAGGAGUUGCCUCCAAAAUAUAAGGAGAAACUGUACUCUGAUGUCAUGGGUGCAUUGGGCACACUUAACUGGACAGACGUGGCUGGCCUUAUUGCUCUGGUUAUGGGCAGUGUCACUCUGCAAGAGCAGGUGCUUGCUGCUAUUCUCACUUAUGCCACAAAAGAGCUCAAGGCUGAGGUGCAGUAUGGAAACUGACCACUAGAGGGUUAAUGUCAACAGCCAGAGGUUCUCUGGAGCUCCUGGGCAGCAUCUUUUUUAAAGGGGGGGGUGAAAUCAUGGGCGUAGGUUUGGUCUCAGCUUUGGUGGGGACACCAAAGAAUAUCACAAUACAGAAGUGAAUCUACUUCAUCUCAUUAUAUUGUAUCCUGACCCUGAUAUACCAUACUGUCCCUAAAGAGCUAGUAUAACUGUAUAAUCUAAAAAAUGCACUCUCAAAAAAUAAAAAAUAAAAACCUGAGACUGUGUAAUGCUAUACAACCAAAUUAACAUAAAUUAUGUACAUUAGUAUUUACACUAACAAAAAAUACUCUGCCACAAGGAAACAAAUCUAAAUAAAUAAAUAGAAUAACCCUUUUCUGUUAUAAACACUAGUUACCCUCCAUUACACUCACAUUAAUACCUGGGAAUUUGAAAUGCUAAACAACCAUAUGGUUUAUUAACAAACUAAAAUAAUUUACUAUGUCAGUAAAGUAGCCUAUUUAUACUUACAAAAAACACUGUUGCAAGAGGUAGACUUUGAGAACUUUUGGAGCAUAUAAUAAUAAACCAAAAAACAAAGCAAAAAAAAACAUCUUUAUUCUACUUAUAAGUAUAACUCCAUUAUGGCUACUUUCCACAUUUUAUCUAAACUUUCCAAACAGAUGCCUACGUCUUUCAUUUACAGAUACAAACUGUUGGCCUACAUCAUUAAGGUCCACUUUGUCAAGGGCCUCUGGAUGUAUAUGACAUACAGUUACAUUAUUAAGGCAAAUACACAUGUAUCAGUAUGCAUUCAAAGCAUCAUGUUUAUAUUUCAGAGCAAUUUAAAUAUGAAGGUGGCAUGGUUUUGUGGAUUAAUGUGUUGAAAUGUAUGUUAAUCUAUGUGUUAGUUUGUCUGUAUGAGACUAGCAGUAAAGUAGAUUAACAUUAGAAUAAAAUACAGAUCAUAUUCUAAUAUUUUAUCAUUGUUUCACUAGAUAACAUUGAUUAGUGACUGGUCAGUCACUACUGCUAGUUUAUUUGUGUGGCUAGCUAGUUAUUUUGCCAACUUAAGGCGGGCGUACACGGUGCGAAUUCGGAUGGUCGGAAGAUCGUAUGUCCACGCACACGGCACGAGUGAGUUUAUCUGAAAAUCGUACGGACGAGAUGAUAUACGACACGAUUUUACAACCUGCGAA